CGGGAGGACCACAACACACACCUUGGUUAACCAUGCUUACCUCGCUACUCUUCGCCUUCGGCCUCCUGCUGGCGUCGUCAGAGGCCAAGACCUUCAGGACGAACGAAGACCCCAUCGGUACGUCGAGUCCAAUCGACACAGCGCGCCAGUCGGUGCUGGCAGUGAUGAAGAGCGUCCUCGGUGUUGGAGGACCUGGAGACGCCGUUGGUAAUGUCGGCUCACUGGUUAUGCCGAUGCUUCUUCAGCAGAUAGGUGGUGCCGCGGGCUUCAAAGAUCUCAUCUCCGAUAGCCUCGGGCUUCACGAAGACUUCUUGAAGCCUGUGAUGAAAAUCUUAGAAGGGAUGAAUAAGCUUGGAGAUGUUUCCCCCAAGUCCUUCGGUAACAGCAUCAAGGACGGCCAUGAGGGCGACGAUGAGGGAGAGUCUGACCAUUCAGCCUCGGAAUGGACCAACAUUAACCACCAGUUUUUGGAUGUGGUGAAGAGUGCUUUGGAGGAGGAGCUCGGGGAAUUGCCGUCUCUGCUGCCGACGACUGCUGUAGGAGGCUUCAAGGACGGUGGGAACGAGGACAUGAGUCCAUCCGGUGUAUGGAUGCUGGUUAAGUCCACGUGGCAGCGGGUCCUAUCCUACAUGGAAGAGGAAAACGCCCUCCCAUCCUUCAUGCAACUUAUGCCGGUAAGGAUUAUCGACCGCGUCGUCAACCUCGGAGACGACCUCAACCUCAUCAACUUCUUGGCCAAAAAGCUUGACAGGGACUUCGCAGAGUUCAUCGCAGAGGAGAUCAACCCGUAUCUCGGGCCCCUGAAAAGCUUCGACAGCUUCUACAACUUCACCAGAGAGAACGGCCUGAGCGGCGUCCUGGACUACUUCAGGAGCAAGAACUUCGGCUACACCAUAAGCGCGAUGUCCCGUUUCAUAACCGCCUACUUCGACGACUCUUUCUCCGACGACCUGGCGGACCAGUACAUCGCCUUCAUAUCCUUCAACAACACUGAUCUGUACAACUUCUACUCGUCGCUGCUGAGGAGUCACAAGUCCUCGGGCGGGGAGGACGCGGGUCCCGGCGGGAGGGUCAGGAGGGAGGAGCUCCAGAAGGCCACCAAGGAGUACAAAUUCAACGGAUACGACUUCCAGCCGAAGGCAAUUCAGGAUGAUUCAGUUCGUGACCUGGCCAGAGACGGCGGGUAUGGAGGCGGCGGCCAGAGCAGCGGGGGCGGCUAUGGCGGCUCUGGUGGCGGCGGCGGGUAUGGCGGCGGUGGUGGAGGAUAUGGCGGUGGUGGCGGUGGAUAUGGCGGUGGUGGCGGAGGAUAUGGCGGUGGUGGCGGUGGAUAUGGCGGUGGUGGCGGUGGAUAUGGUGGCGGAGGCCACAGCCAACCCAGCAGCGGAAUGAUGAUCGACCCGUCUGUAGUGUUGAGCUCCGUGGCCAUUGGGGCACUUCUGGGAUUCCUGCUCUUCCGCCUCAUCCGUGGCACUCGCAGAGGCCGGCGGGACAUCGGCGACGGGUCGUUGUCCCUGUGGCUGUCGGACAUGCCCGACAAGGUCCUGCCGUGGGACUCCAGCGUCCAGCGCAUGAAACGACACGCCCAAAGCUUCAACGUGACUGGAGAAGAGGAGUUCAACUUGCCGGACUCCUUGAGAGGCAACGUGUGGUCCUCUGAUCCCGUGGUGGGCGACGACCUGCUGGAGGAGGACCUCGAGGAAGACGACGUCGCCGACCACCUCAACCACCUGUGGAGGGUGUACAAGCACAGCAACGAGACCGCCUGCGUCCACUACCACCUGUGUGACGUAAUGGCCAACAGCACAGCAGAGAGGCUGACUGGAAGGGACUCCAGCAUGGCUCUUCUGAUGGCGUCUAUGAGCAACCUGAUGGGCGUGGCAGGAUCAGGUCAGCUGAUGGAUGAUGUCAUUCAGACGAUGGUGCUGGGCGCCCCUUACACCUGUCCUACCCUCUCUCACUGCAAUCUGUAGCUCCUUGGAGACACUUGAAGGACUACCUGAAGGGCUAUAGCUCAUUGGAAAGUCUCCUUCUAGAGCUAUAGCUCCAUACAGGGACACCUGGAGUUCUAACGUCCCUCCAGGCGUUUCAGCUAAGCAUAGUAGUAGGCAUCCAUCAGUCUCAGGAGACUAAUGGAUGCCUACAGCUAAGCAUGCCACCUUCACAAAGGUUCACUACAACGAGCUACUUCCUGGACGUCUCGACACAACUUCGGCAGUUUUCAAACUCCUGGAAGCUCAGUUCUGUGGUCCUGAUUCCAGAACGCCUCUGAGAAAUUUCUGCGAUUAUUCUCAAAAAAGGUGUUUCCCAACUAGAAAUAUUGCCAAGGUCAACUUUUUUAGUUGCGAAACAUUGCCACUGUGUUCGAGACAAGAGGCAUGGCAUAUCACCUGUGAUGAAUAGAGGUUGAAGGAACAUCUUGUCCUGACACAUAUGCUGGUUGAGUUGUUCCUUGGCCACCAGUGCACCUGUGUCCGCUGGGCUUUUGUCUUAUAUAUAUUAUUUAUUUAUUUAUUUAAUCAUUUACUGAAUAAUUUAUUGAAUCAUUACGUGAACACACACACACACACACACAGGUCCUAGCAGCUGAGUGGACAGGGCUCUGGGUUCGUAGUCCUAAGGGCCCUGGUUCGAUUCCCGAACGAGGCAGAGUUAAUUUCACCUGAUGGCCCUGUUCACCUAGCAGUUAACAGGUACCAGGGAGUUAGACAAAUGCUACGGGCUGCAUCCUGCGAAUGUGUGCUUGUAUGUAUUAGAGAAAUAUAUGUAAUAGUUAUGGCAGAGAAAAAAUAGGUCGUGAGUCAGUAAAGACAACGGGCGGCUAGAAAGGCGGGGACCAAGAGCUAACAGCUCAAUCCUGCAGGCACAAAUAGCAAAUACAAACACACACACAAUCAGCAAAGAUAAACCAAAGAUAAUAAAGUAGACGCAAGAGGCAUCAGUUAACUUAGACUGGAGCCUAGUGAUUGCCGGGUAUAUAACUUCGUCUGUUUCUUCUUUAUUGUACGAAGACUGUAUCUGCCACGGCCAGUUGUGACCAGAUAACAAGCGUCUAAAAUGUAUGCUUUUGCCUUACGAUAUCCGUGACUGUACCUGGUCCCUGGACCGGUGCUGAUGGUCAUUGGUUCUGGAAAGCGUACAGUUUUUCAACGGUUAUAUUUCCACUUCUAAAAUGUUAAAAUUUUUUCAACGGUUAUAUUUCCACUUCUAAAAUGUUAAAAUUUGGACAUUUUAGUCCUUACUGGUGUCCUUCUGAGAGUAUUCACUCUGAAUUUACUUUAGUAAAGUGUCUGGUUUAUAUUAUCAUACAAGAGUGCAUAGUUCACAUUUUCCAUGUACAAUUAGAAUCUAAAAAUGUAUUUUGGAUGCAAUAAAAAUA